GCUUGCAUUGCAUCCUCCACCGACAUAGGCCCAGUAUGAAAUUCAACAUUGCCAAUCCGGCUACAGGCCAACAAAAAUUGCUCGACAUUGAUGAUGAAAAUCGCUUUCGUAUCUUUUACGAUAGGCGUAUGGGUCAGGAAAUCCCCGCCGACUCUCUGGGCGAUGAAUGGAAGGGAUACAUCGUGCGAAUUACUGGUGGUAACGACAAGCAAGGUUUCCCUAUGAAGCAAGGUGUUCUCUUGCCUCAUCGUGUCCGCCUGCUCCUCAGCGAGGGUCACUCGUGCUACCGCCCUCGCCGUGAUGGUGAGCGUCGGCGCAAAUCCGUUCGUGGAUGCAUCGUCGCCUCCGACAUUGCUGUCCUCUCCUUGGUUAUUGUCCGGAAAGGUGAAGAAGAUAUCCCUGGGCUGACCAACCAGGUUCUGCCCAAGCGGUUGGGUCCUAAGCGAGCGAGCAAGAUUCGUAAAUUCUUCAACUUGAGCAAGGAGGAUGAUGUUCGCAAGUACGUUAUUCGUCGCGAGGUCAAGUCUCAAAAGAAUCCCGAUGCCAAGCCCUACUUCAAGUCCCCUAAAAUUCAACGCCUUGUCACACCUGUCCGCCUUCAACGCCGAAGACGUCUCCUGGCCCUCAAGCGUAGGAAAAUUCAUAGUCAUUCGCAGCAGAAGGCGGAGUACGAUGCCCUCGUUGCCAAACGUAUCGCAGAGAAGAAAGUGAGCUUGGAUGCUCGUCAGGAGAAGAAGCGGGUGAAGAAGGCUCAACGUGAGGCAAUUUAUGGCCCCGCACGAAAGGGUGGGGAUAAGAGUAAGAAAGGACGAGGAGAUAGAAAGUCCCAGCCCAGAUGGGGACCACGAGCUUCUGAACCUACGUCCGCCUCUGCCCCUCAGGCUGCUCCUGCUGAAGCUGUUUAGGCAUCUCAAAUCUGAUUUUCUGUAUUCUCAAAUAUUAGGAAGUCCGUUUGAAUCUUCAUGCUGUUUUGUUUAUGAUGCUUCGUAUGAACAAAUAUUAUGCAUGAUAUUUUCUC